AUGAGCACUCCCACACAGAAUGUUGCAGUCGCGGCACGAUGCGUCCCCGCCGCAGUGCACGCGCACGGCGCGUGCCGCCUGCACCCCCCCGCCGCCAGCAGCCGGGCGCCCGCCUUCGGGAGAUCGGCGACGCUGCGGCCACGGCGCGCGGUCGCGCGGCGCGUGCAAGCAGCGCAAGGCGACAACGAGCAGCCGUGGACGCUCAUGGGGCGCGUCGUGCGGCCCGAGACCGCGUUCAGCGCCACGGACAUGCGCACGCGCAUGAUUCAGUCGACGCUGUGCCAGCGGCUCGGCAUGACGCCGGGGGAGCUCGACGCGGCCAUGUCGGAGCUGCUCGCCCUGCUGCCGAGCUUGGACCGGGCGGUCGCGACCAUGCGCCCGGACAUGCUGGCGGGCCUUAUCGCGGACCGUAGCGCGCUGCCGGGGAAGAUGGUGACUCUGCGGGUGAUGCUCCCGACGGCAAACAUCGAGAAAAUCGUAGCGCAGCGCCCGAUGCUGCUGCUCGAGCCCCAGUGGGGCGCGCUGCCCGAGCGGCACGCCAGCCUGCUGGAGCUGUUUCCGGAGGCCAACGUGGACGCGAUGGUCGAGCGCAGCCCGCUGCUGCUCGAGGAGGAUGUUGACGACAUCGUGAACGAGCUGACGAGGCUCGGCCAGGCCACGGACUACGCCAACGGCCUGCGGUUGUUGGAGCACCAGCCAGAUAUGGUUACGCUGGUUAUGAACAACCGCAGACUCUCGAUGUGGUGA